AUGGUUGGAUUUGAUGAAGGGGGUUCUUCUGGAAAUGUUGCAAGCACACUUAAGAGGUCUCUAAUGGAUGAAUUCAAUGAUGACUCUAAGAGACUUAAGACUUCGGUGAUUAAGUUGGAAAAAAUCUUUGCACAAAUUUUUUGCAAAAUUGAAAAGGAUCAUGCUAAUCGCUCUAAACAGCUUGCUUUUAGCCUCUCUAAAUUUGAUGACUGGAAGAUCAGAAUGCAGGCCCUCCUCUGCUCCAUACAUGACGAGAUGUGGGACGUCAUAACGACUGGACCAAUCACAGUCAUGAUGGCGAACACACAAGCCGCAGCUCAAGGAGCCGGUGCUGAGCAGAUUAUACCGAAGCCAAAAGAUCAAUAUACCUCGGAAGAUAGGACAAGGGCAAACCUGGACAAUAUAGCACGAAACAUCCUCUACAACUCCCUUGACGAGUCUUUGUUCCCCAGAGUUCGAAAAUGCAAGAAUGCCAUGAAAAUAUGGAACGUUAUGAUGAAUCUGGGAGAAGGGGAUGAACAGGAAAAGGACAACAAACUGACUGUGGCUAUGAAGAAGUUUGAAUACUUCAAAAUGUUGCCAAGUGAAACGAUCAUGGACAUGGAACUGAGGUUCACCAGACUCAUGGGAGAUCUGUCAGAUCUCGGGAAGGAACUGACAGAGAAAGAAAAGAAUCUGAAGAUACUUCGCGGUCUGCCAAAGUCUUGGGAGAUAAAAGAAGAUGAAGAGGUUUAUGAGGAAAAACAACUUCCAAGACUCUCAAUGCUAGGGAUACCGAAGGCAGCACGAGAGUUCACCUCAAACCUCAAAGCCAGAAGCUUCAGACUCACAAUUACUGUGCUACAACUGCCGGAAGCUAGGAUAUUUCAAGGCAAACUGUCCUCAUCCAAUUGUGAGCAAGCACCAAGACAACAAUGCUACCAAGAACUCAUCCAAAGAAGCUGGAGAAAACUACAAAAGGAGGAGAACUCUCAGCUUAUGAUUAGCUACAAUGCGUUAAGGCAAGUUCGAAUUGAGAACGUAAAGCUAACCAUUGCUAAGAAGCAACUUGAGGAAAAUGUUCUCGCCUUGAAAGAGCAGUGCACAGACAAACAAGUCAUAUGGUAUGUCGAUAGUGGGUGCUCAAGACAUAUGACUGGUGAUAAAACAAUGUUGAGCAAUUUCAAGGAAGUCGAUGGACCUAAAGUCAUCUUUGGAGGAGAAAACAAUGGCAAGACUCGCGGAAAAGGAGACAUCAUCAAACAGGGAAUAACCAUACAAGAUGUAUCAUAUGUUGAUGGACUAAAGUUCAAUCUCCUAAGCACAAGCCAAUUUUGCGACAAAGGCUACAAAGUCGAAUUUUCCAAAAAUAAGUGUAAAAUCGUGAACACGAAGGAUGGCAAAAUCGCAUUAACUGGUCAACGAAAGAAAAACAUGUACGUAAUCUCUUGGAACUCUACUAACGCUAAUGUUUGUUUUGUGGCCAAAAGUAAUGUAGAUCUUAAUCAAGAAUGGCACAACAAACUGAGUCAUCUGAAUCUGAAGACAAUCAACAAACUCGCCAAAACAAAUAUCGUGAGAGGAUUACCCGAAACAUCAUACACAAAAGACAAAAUAUGUGAGAACAAAACAGAAGUUGUUCUCCCCAACCUAUUGAAACAACUUCAGACAGAAAAGGAAGUUAAAAUCAUUCGGAUAAGAUCUGAUCAAGGAACUGAAUUCGUCAACAAGGUCAUCAAAGAAUUCUGUGCUCAAAACGGAAUCUUUCACCAACUCUCGACAGCACGAACUCCUCAACAAAAUGGAGUAGCUGAAAGGAGAAACAGAACCCUGAAAGAAGCAGCACGAACAAUGAUAGCUUACUCAGGAUUGCCAAAGCGGUGCUUCAUACACAACAAUGGAAAGAAUCAUUUGAGAGCUUUUGAUGAAAGAGCAGACGAAGGUUUAUUCAUGGGUUAUUCCUCAAAUCCAGCUGGUAUUGAAUCAUCAAGUAAUCCACAUCAAAACCCUCAAUCCAAUGAAGAAGAGGUUUCAGAUGAUGAAGAAGAUAUAUUAACUUCCUACACGAAAUAUCAGUUGAAGAUCUCUGAGCCCGAAACCACAACACAAGAAAAUGUCAACGUACAACAAGACACUCCUGAUGUUCAAGCACCAUCCGAACCUAUGAUCUACGUUCAGUUUCCUUAUAUUCCUGAAAUGGAUGCACAAAAUCAGCAAAAUAUUCUUGAACCCGAUCUUAGAUGGAUAAGAGAUCAUCCUCCGGAUCAAGUGAUUGGAAAUGUUCAAGAAGGUGUACGAACAAGAGCCUCUCUGCACGAAAAUAUGAUGGCUUUUUUCUUAUCACAAAUAGAACCCAAGUCCAUAGAAGAAGCCUUAAGUGAUCCUGACUGGGUAAUAGCCAUGCAAGAAGAUCUUCAUCAGAACAAAGCCCGUCUUUUUGCUAAGGGGUAUUGUCAAGAAGAAGGAAUCGAUUUUGAUGAAACCUUCGCCCCCGUAGCUAGACUUGAAGCCAUACGAAUAUUCCUAGCCUUUGCAGCUUACAAAGACUUCAAAGUCUAUCAAAUGGAUGUCAAAAGUGCAUUCUUAAAUGGGCUUCUUGAUGAAGAAGUAUAUGUUGAGCAACUGCCUGGUUUCGCGGUUAAUAGUGAACAUGAAAAAGUCUAUCAUCUAAAAAAGGCUCUUUAUGGAUUAAAACAAGCUCCACGAGCUUGA